AUGACGAUUAUUGGUCAUGCUCCCCCGCCGCCACCACCCGCGGAGCCCCCGACCCCAACCUCCCCUCCGCCGCCGCCGCCGGAGAGGAACGGGACCCUCUACGAGCUCCUCCCGCUCUACGGCCUCCCCGCGGGCCUCUUCCCCUCCACCGUCACCGCCUUCUCGCUCGCCGACAACGGCAGCCUCACCGUCGACCUCGCGGGGCCCUGCAGCGUCCACUUCGAGUACCUCACCUCCUUCGACGCCCGCGUCACGGGGGUCCUCCGCUACGGCUCCCUCACCGACCUCCAGGGCGUGCAGGUCCGCCGCUUCCUCAUCUGGUUCGACGUCGUCCGCGUCAAGGUCGACCUGCCCCCGCCACCGCGCUACGUCUACCUCGACAUCGGAUGGAUCACGCGCAAGCUCCCCGCCAGCGACUUCGAGACCCUCCACGACUGCGACGACUCCAAGAACAAGUGCCGCCUCUCCUCCGCGCUCGCCACCGCCGCCACAUGGUUCCAGGACUUCUAUGCCCAAUUUUAGGGGAUGCGGAAGGUCUAUAAUUUUGUGUCAGCAUCAGAUGAGCUUACGGCCUUCCGCGUCCUGAAGGAAUUGGAGCACUAGCAUUUGUUAGACAUGGUGUAUGUCUCUACGACUUCUAUAUAGUACUCAUGCUGCAGUCUCAACUUUAGAUCUGUUUGGGAGCCACGAGAUCUUAUGGAAAUGUAUUGGUUAUUUUAGUCCAAACUGAUGCUGCGUGCUCCACGCAUCAAUACAAUAACACUUCUGAAGUGGUGUAUGUGUCAUCUUGUUGGAAACUGUGAAAGUCUCACCAUCACUUUCCUCUUUGUGUGAGCAAUGAGCA